UUUUCCUUUUCCGGAUAGCUUCAACCACGUCAUCAUCACCCUCUUAAUCCCAAUAAUACCAAUUCAGUACAAUUACCAAACUAUCCUCGCUCCACUCUCCAGUGUUUCAUGAUUGAGAGUCCUUCCUUCAUCUUCCAUUCAUCGGCACCACCACCACCGCCACCUCCGCCGUCAUUAUGGAGGGUGGAAACAGACCUGAAGCUGAGCGAUGGCUUUACACAGCCAACAAGCUUCUGAGCGCACGUGAUCUGCACGGUGCACGUUCCUUUGCGAUUCGUGCCCGAGAGUCCGACCCGACUUUCGAUGCCUCCGAGCUUCUCCUGGCUGUGAUUGACACUCUGCUAGCUGGAGAAUCGCGGAUCAACGAUCACCACCGUGAUUGGUAUGGGAUCCUUCAAAUCCUCCGCUACACCACCAAUAUAGACCACAUCGCUAACCAGUAUCGCCGCCUCGCUCUCCUCCUUGACCCGAACCGGAACCCGUUUGCUUUCUCCGGUCAUGCUUUCUCUCUCGUUCAUGAUGCUUGGUCUGUUCUAUCCAAUUCUGCUAAGAAGGCUAUGUACGAUAGCGACCUGCGGUUGCUCACUACACCACCUGUUCCACCGCAGCCGCAGCCGCAGCCUCAACCUCCUCCGCAACCGGUGCCGCAGUAUCAGCAGUCUCCAACUCAUAACACUACGCCGAAGAAAAUUCCUAGACCGAGGGACGGUGUGAGUGCGGGUGCGGGUGCGACUGAGCCGAUUCGGCAGACACCGAAUCGGGACCCUUGCGAGCCAGCUGAGUCGACUCGGCAGACGCGGACGGCGAGUGCUGCUGAAACUGAAGGUAACAUUAGCUUCUGGACUUUGUGUCCUUACUGUUACGUUUAUUAUGAGUAUCCGAAGGGGUAUGAAGAGUGUACCCUGCGGUGCCAGAGUUGUAAGAGAGGGUUUCAUGCGGUGGUGAUACGUUCGCCGCCGUUGAACGAGAUAGAUGCUUCGUUUUGCACUUGGGGAUUUUUUCCGUUAGGGUUUUCUGGUGAUUCUAAGGACGUGAGUGGAACUUCUUCCAAUUGGAACCCGGUUUGUCCUCUGUUUCCUUCCUCCUUGAAAGGAGGAUCGACGAAUAGGAAAAAAAAUUGGGUUUACUAUGAUGAAGCGGCAACUGCGGCCUUCAUCGAUAUUUCUGAUCCAAGUGAUGAUGAUUCUGAUGAUGGGGAUUGGAGGGGUGGUACUGGUAAGAAAAGAGGGUUGAAGAGUUCAAGUGUUACCAGGAAAAAGAUUAGGAAAAAUUCUGGUAAUGCUAGUGGUAGAGAAACUGUGGAGAGACCUAGGAGGAGUGCUACUGGUGCUGCAGCAGGGAAUGUGAGCGAGAAGAAUGUUGGUGAUGUUGGUGCUGUUGAUGCUUCUGGUGUAAAGGCUGAAGCUAGUAAGAAAGCUGUGUCAGGUAGUUCCAAUAAGAAGGGUGCUGUAAACUUGGGGAAGUUGGAUUUGAAUGUUGAGUGCAGUAACGACGCAGAGGAGCCUUCCCGUGGAGUCCGUGACCGUGAAGGGAAUGCAACUGGCAAUGCAGAGGAUAAUAUUGAAGGGAUUGGUUUUUUUGAAGGUCUCGAUGAGUUUCUCAGUAGCUUACCCAUUCUUAAUGCAGUGGCAGAUGAUAAGGUUAAGGGUCAUUAGCCAUUUUGCAAUUUAGAUCUUUCUAAUUUUAUUUUUGUAGACUAUAGUUCGUUUUACUUGUAUGGUUGCAAUUAUCGCACAAAUUGAUGGUGAGCGAAUUAUUGCCAUUGCUAGAUUUUAUAAUAAGUUAUGAUGGUGAGUACGUUAUAGUUUUUGAAGUAAUUGAGGAGGAUUACUUCAUGUCAUGUAGAUUAUGGUUGUAUCAUUGAGGAAGGAUUUAUAGAUUGAUGUUUUUACAAAAGUCAA